CCCCUGCCCGUUGCUGCCCCUCCCCUUGCCCCCUCAACUCCCCUGCCCCCCGUACACCCCACUCCCGUCCAACCGCCCCCACCCUCCCCCGGCUGCCCGUUUCCGCUCUCCACCCCCGCGACCGUGUGCGGCUUCCAACCGCCCAACGGUGUCACACCCCCUGCCCCCUCAUGCCAUCCGCUCCCCCCGCCCCUACCCUCCGCGUGCCCGCUCCCUCGCCGCCUCUUUUGACCCUCCCUGCCCCCCUCGCCGUUACCCACCGCUCGCCAUUCGCUCCUCCCCGCCCGUGCCCUCCCCUCGUUUACCUUCGCCUCCCCCCUCCCCUCCUCUGCUGCACGCCUCUUCCUUCCCCUCGCUAACCCACUCCACUCCCUGCCCCUCCUCAAUCCGCACCCUGCCCCUCGUUUCUCGCCCCCCUACGCUUGGUUUCUCCCCUCCCUGCCCCUCGCCGCCUUUCUCCGCUCCCCACCUCCCCCCUCUCCCUGCCCCCCCACUCUCCUCCACUUGCCCUUGGCUUCCCACCUCCCUGCCCCACCUUUCCCCCCUCCGUGUGCUCAGCUUCUCCCCUCCCUGCCUCUCCCUCCUCCCCGCCCUGCCCCUCAUUUUCCGCCCCCCCACGCCCGGUUUCUCCCCUCCCUGCACCUCCCUUUCUUUCUCCGUGCCUCUCCUUUGCUCCCUCCCUGCCCCCGCCUGCCCAUGCCCCUGUCUUUGGUUUCUCCCCUCCCUGCCCCACGUUUCUUCCCUCCCUGAGAUCACCUUGUACCCCCUCUGCCCCUCCCUUGUUCUCCCCGCACCCAUUGCUUCUCCCCUCCCUGCCCUUGAUUUCCCGCACCCCUGCCCUUGUUUCCUACCAUCCAUGCCCCUCGUUUCCCCUCUUUGUACGUUCACCCUCUUCCCUCCCUGCCCCUCCCUUCCUCCCCCCCUGCCCUUUGCUUUCCCCUCCCCCUGCCCGUUGCUGCCCCUCCCCUUGCCCCCUCAACUCCCCUGCCCCCCGUACACCCCACUCCCGUCCAACCGCCCCCACCCUCCCCCGGCUGCCCGUUUCCGCUCUCCACCCCCGCGACCGUGUGCGGCUUCCAACCGCCCAACGGUGUCACACCCCCUGCCCCCUCAUGCCAUCCGCUCCCCCCGCCCCUACCCUCCGCGUGCCCGCUCCCUCGCCGCCUCUUUUGACCCUCCCUGCCCCCCUCGCCGUUACCCACCGCUCGCCAUUCGCUCCUCCCCGCCCGUGCCCUCCCCUCGUUUACCUUCGCCUCCCCCCUCCCCUCCUCUGCUGCACGCCUCUUCCUUCCCCUCGCUAACCCACUCCACUCCCUGCCCCUCCUCAAUCCGCACCCUGCCCCUCGUUUCUCGCCCCCCUACGCUUGGUUUCUCCCCUCCCUGCCCCUCGCCGCCUUUCUCCGCUCCCCACCUCCCCCCUCUCCCUGCCCCCCCACUCUCCUCCACUUGCCCUUGGCUUCCCACCUCCCUGCCCCACCUUUCCCCCCUCCGUGUGCUCAGCUUCUCCCCUCCCUGCCUCUCCCUCCUCCCCGCCCUGCCCCUCAUUUUCCGCCCCCCCACGCCCGGUUUCUCCCCUCCCUGCACCUCCCUUUCUUUCUCCGUGCCUCUCCUUUGCUCCCUCCCUGCCCCCGCCUGCCCAUGCCCCUGUCUUUGGUUUCUCCCCUCCCUGCCCCACGUUUCUUCCCUCCCUGAGAUCACCUUGUACCCCCUCUGCCCCUCCCUUGUUCUCCCCGCACCCAUUGCUUCUCCCCUCCCUGCCCUUGAUUUCCCGCACCCCUGCCCUUGUUUCCUACCAUCCAUGCCCCUCGUUUCCCCUCUUUGUACGUUCACCCUCUUCCCUCCCUGCCCCUCCCUUCCUCCCCCCCUGCCCUUUGCUUUCCCCUCGUUACGCUCCCUUCUCCCCAUCCCUGCUGCCCUCUUACCACCAUCAGCCCGUCCCCACCACCAGCCCCCCUCCCACCCUUCUCCCCCCCCCCCCUCUCCCUCUCUCUCUCUCUCUCUCUCUCUUUCUCUCGCACACACACACACACACACACUCCCCUCCCCCACCCCCCACCCACAUCCUCCCGUUCUGCCCCUCCCUGCCCCUGUUCCACCCCCUCGCACGCCCCUCACCUCUCACCUCCGUUCAACUGGAUUCCCCCCCUCUGGUGCAUCCCUUGCAUCGCUCGCCCCUCUGCUCACCCUCUGCCCGCCCCUUUUCCUUGCCCUCAGCUGGCCCAGCCCCUGCCCGUUGCUGCCCCUCCCCUUGCCCCCUCAACUCCCCUGCCCCCCGUACACCCCACUCCCGUCCAACCGCCCCCACCCUCCCCCGGCUGCCCGUUUCCGCUCUCCACCCCCGCGACCGUGUGCGGCUUCCAACCGCCCAACGGUGUCACACCCCCUGCCCCCUCAUGCCAUCCGCUCCCCCCGCCCCUACCCUCCGCGUGCCCGCUCCCUCGCCGCCUCUUUUGACCCUCCCUGCCCCCCUCGCCGUUACCCACCGCUCGCCAUUCGCUCCUCCCCGCCCGUGCCCUCCCCUCGUUUACCUUCGCCUCCCCCCUCCCCUCCUCUGCUGCACGCCUCUUCCUUCCCCUCGCUAACCCACUCCACUCCCUGCCCCUCCUCAAUCCGCACCCUGCCCCUCGUUUCUCGCCCCCCUAUGCUUGGUUUCUCCCCCCCUGCCCUUUGCUUUCCCCUCGUUACGCUCCCUUCUCCCCAUCCCUGCUGCCCUCUUACCACCAUCAGCCCCCCCUGCCCGUUGCUGCCCCUCCCCUUGCCCCCUCAACUCCCCUGCCCCCCGUACACCCCACUCCCGUCCAACCGCCCCCACCCUCCCCCGGCUGCCCGUUUCCGCUCUCCACCCCCGCGACCGUGUGCGGCUUCCAACCGCCCAACGGUGUCACACCCCCUGCCCCCUCAUGCCAUCCGCUCCCCCCGCCCCUACCCUCCGCGUGCCCGCUCCCUCGCCGCCUCUUUUGACCCUCCCUGCCCCCCUCGCCGUUACCCACCGCUCGCCAUUCGCUCCUCCCCGCCCGUGCCCUCCCCUCGUUUACCUUCGCCUCCCCCCUCCCCUCCUCUGCUGCACGCCUCUUCCUUCCCCUCGCUAACCCACUCCACUCCCUGCCCCUCCUCAAUCCGCACCCUGCCCCUCGUUUCUCGCCCCCCUACGCUUGGUUUCUCCCCUCCCUGCCCCUCGCCGCCUUUCUCCGCUCCCCACCUCCCCCCUCUCCCUGCCCCCCCACUCUCCUCCACUUGCCCUUGGCUUCCCACCUCCCUGCCCCACCUUUCCCCCCUCCGUGUGCUCAGCUUCUCCCCUCCCUGCCUCUCCCUCCUCCCCGCCCUGCCCCUCAUUUUCCGCCCCCCCACGCCCGGUUUCUCCCCUCCCUGCACCUCCCUUUCUUUCUCCGUGCCUCUCCUUUGCUCCCUCCCUGCCCCCGCCUGCCCAUGCCCCUGUCUUUGGUUUCUCCCCUCCCUGCCCCACGUUUCUUCCCUCCCUGAGAUCACCUUGUACCCCCUCUGCCCCUCCCUUGUUCUCCCCGCACCCAUUGCUUCUCCCCUCCCUGCCCUUGAUUUCCCGCACCCCUGCCCUUGUUUCCUACCAUCCAUGCCCCUCGUUUCCCCUCUUUGUACGUUCACCCUCUUCCCUCCCUGCCCCUCCCUUCCUCCCCCCCUGCCCUUUGCUUUCCCCUCCCCCUGCCCGUUGCUGCCCCUCCCCUUGCCCCCUCAACUCCCCUGCCCCCCGUACACCCCACUCCCGUCCAACCGCCCCCACCCUCCCCCGGCUGCCCGUUUCCGCUCUCCACCCCCGCGACCGUGUGCGGCUUCCAACCGCCCAACGGUGUCACACCCCCUGCCCCCUCAUGCCAUCCGCUCCCCCCGCCCCUACCCUCCGCGUGCCCGCUCCCUCGCCGCCUCUUUUGACCCUCCCUGCCCCCCUCGCCGUUACCCACCGCUCGCCAUUCGCUCCUCCCCGCCCGUGCCCUCCCCUCGUUUACCUUCGCCUCCCCCCUCCCCUCCUCUGCUGCACGCCUCUUCCUUCCCCUCGCUAACCCACUCCACUCCCUGCCCCUCCUCAAUCCGCACCCUGCCCCUCGUUUCUCGCCCCCCUAUGCUUGGUUUCUCCCCCCCUGCCCUUUGCUUUCCCCUCGUUACGCUCCCUUCUCCCCAUCCCUGCUGCCCUCUUACCACCAUCAGCCCCCCCUGCCCGUUGCUGCCCCUCCCCUUGCCCCCUCAACUCCCCUGCCCCCCGUACACCCCACUCCCGUCCAACCGCCCCCACCCUCCCCCGGCUGCCCGUUUCCGCUCUCCACCCCCGCGACCGUGUGCGGCUUCCAACCGCCCAACGGUGUCACACCCCCUGCCCCCUCAUGCCAUCCGCUCCCCCCGCCCCUACCCUCCGCGUGCCCGCUCCCUCGCCGCCUCUUUUGACCCUCCCUGCCCCCCUCGCCGUUACCCACCGCUCGCCAUUCGCUCCUCCCCGCCCGUGCCCUCCCCUCGUUUACCUUCGCCUCCCCCCUCCCCUCCUCUGCUGCACGCCUCUUCCUUCCCCUCGCUAACCCACUCCACUCCCUGCCCCUCCUCAAUCCGCACCCUGCCCCUCGUUUCUCGCCCCCCUACGCUUGGUUUCUCCCCUCCCUGCCCCUCGCCGCCUUUCUCCGCUCCCCACCUCCCCCCUCUCCCUGCCCCCCCACUCUCCUCCACUUGCCCUUGGCUUCCCACCUCCCUGCCCCACCUUUCCCCCCUCCGUGUGCUCAGCUUCUCCCCUCCCUGCCUCUCCCUCCUCCCCGCCCUGCCCCUCAUUUUCCGCCCCCCCACGCCCGGUUUCUCCCCUCCCUGCACCUCCCUUUCUUUCUCCGUGCCUCUCCUUUGCUCCCUCCCUGCCCCCGCCUGCCCAUGCCCCUGUCUUUGGUUUCUCCCCUCCCUGCCCCACGUUUCUUCCCUCCCUGAGAUCACCUUGUACCCCCUCUGCCCCUCCCUUGUUCUCCCCGCACCCAUUGCUUCUCCCCUCCCUGCCCUUGAUUUCCCGCACCCCUGCCCUUGUUUCCUACCAUCCAUGCCCCUCGUUUCCCCUCUUUGUACGUUCACCCUCUUCCCUCCCUGCCCCUCCCUUCCUCCCCCCCUGCCCUUUGCUUUCCCCUCGUUACGCUCCCUUCUCCCCAUCCCUGCUGCCCUCUUACCACCAUCAGCCCGUCCCCACCACCAGCCCCCCUCCCACCCUUCUCCCCCCCCCCCCUCUCCCUCUCUCUCUCUCUCUCUCUCUCUUUCUCUCGCACACACACACACACACACACUCCCCUCCCCCACCCCCCACCCACAUCCUCCCGUUCUGCCCCUCCCUGCCCCUGUUCCACCCCCUCGCACGCCCCUCACCUCUCACCUCCGUUCAACUGGAUUCCCCCCCUCUGGUGCAUCCCUUGCAUCGCUCGCCCCUCUGCUCACCCUCUGCCCGCCCCUUUUCCUUGCCCUCAGCUGGCCCAGCCCCUGCCCGUUGCUGCCCCUCCCCUUGCCCCCUCAACUCCCCUGCCCCCCGUACACCCCACUCCCGUCCAACCGCCCCCACCCUCCCCCGGCUGCCCGUUUCCGCUCUCCACCCCCGCGACCGUGUGCGGCUUCCAACCGCCCAACGGUGUCACACCCCCUGCCCCCUCAUGCCAUCCGCUCCCCCCGCCCCUACCCUCCGCGUGCCCGCUCCCUCGCCGCCUCUUUUGACCCUCCCUGCCCCCCUCGCCGUUACCCACCGCUCGCCAUUCGCUCCUCCCCGCCCGUGCCCUCCCCUCGUUUACCUUCGCCUCCCCCCUCCCCUCCUCUGCUGCACGCCUCUUCCUUCCCCUCGCUAACCCACUCCACUCCCUGCCCCUCCUCAAUCCGCACCCUGCCCCUCGUUUCUCGCCCCCCUAUGCUUGGUUUCUCCCCCCCUGCCCUUUGCUUUCCCCUCGUUACGCUCCCUUCUCCCCAUCCCUGCUGCCCUCUUACCACCAUCAGCCCCCCCUGCCCGUUGCUGCCCCUCCCCUUGCCCCCUCAACUCCCCUGCCCCCCGUACACCCCACUCCCGUCCAACCGCCCCCACCCUCCCCCGGCUGCCCGUUUCCGCUCUCCACCCCCGCGACCGUGUGCGGCUUCCAACCGCCCAACGGUGUCACACCCCCUGCCCCCUCAUGCCAUCCGCUCCCCCCGCCCCUACCCUCCGCGUGCCCGCUCCCUCGCCGCCUCUUUUGACCCUCCCUGCCCCCCUCGCCGUUACCCACCGCUCGCCAUUCGCUCCUCCCCGCCCGUGCCCUCCCCUCGUUUACCUUCGCCUCCCCCCUCCCCUCCUCUGCUGCACGCCUCUUCCUUCCCCUCGCUAACCCACUCCACUCCCUGCCCCUCCUCAAUCCGCACCCUGCCCCUCGUUUCUCGCCCCCCUACGCUUGGUUUCUCCCCUCCCUGCCCCUCGCCGCCUUUCUCCGCUCCCCACCUCCCCCCUCUCCCUGCCCCCCCACUCUCCUCCACUUGCCCUUGGCUUCCCACCUCCCUGCCCCACCUUUCCCCCCUCCGUGUGCUCAGCUUCUCCCCUCCCUGCCUCUCCCUCCUCCCCGCCCUGCCCCUCAUUUUCCGCCCCCCCACGCCCGGUUUCUCCCCUCCCUGCACCUCCCUUUCUUUCUCCGUGCCUCUCCUUUGCUCCCUCCCUGCCCCCGCCUGCCCAUGCCCCUGUCUUUGGUUUCUCCCCUCCCUGCCCCACGUUUCUUCCCUCCCUGAGAUCACCUUGUACCCCCUCUGCCCCUCCCUUGUUCUCCCCGCACCCAUUGCUUCUCCCCUCCCUGCCCUUGAUUUCCCGCACCCCUGCCCUUGUUUCCUACCAUCCAUGCCCCUCGUUUCCCCUCUUUGUACGUUCACCCUCUUCCCUCCCUGCCCCUCCCUUCCUCCCCCCCUGCCCUUUGCUUUCCCCUCGUUACGCUCCCUUCUCCCCAUCCCUGCUGCCCUCUUACCACCAUCAGCCCGUCCCCACCACCAGCCCCCCUCCCACCCUUCUCCCCCCCCCCCCUCUCCCUCUCUCUCUCUCUCUCUCUCUCUCUUUCUCUCGCACACACACACACACACACACUCCCCUCCCCCACCCCCCACCCACAUCCUCCCGUUCUGCCCCUCCCUGCCCCUGUUCCACCCCCUCGCACGCCCCUCACCUCUCACCUCCGUUCAACUGGAUUCCCCCCCUCUGGUGCAUCCCUUGCAUCGCUCGCCCCUCUGCUCACCCUCUGCCCGCCCCUUUUCCUUGCCCUCAGCUGGCCCAGCCCCUGCCCGUUGCUGCCCCUCCCCUUGCCCCCUCAACUCCCCUGCCCCCCGUACACCCCACUCCCGUCCAACCGCCCCCACCCUCCCCCGGCUGCCCGUUUCCGCUCUCCACCCCCGCGACCGUUGUGCGGCUUCCAACCGCCCAACGGUGUCACACCCCCUGCCCCCUCAUGCCAUCCGCUCCCCCCGCCCCUACCCUCCGCGUGCCCGCUCCCUCGCCGCCUCUUUUGACCCUCCCUGCCCCCCUCGCCGUUACCCACCGCUCGCCAUUCGCUCCUCCCCGCCCGUGCCCUCCCCUCGUUUACCUUCGCCUCCCCCCUCCCCUCCUCUGCUGCACGCCUCUUCCUUCCCCUCGCUAACCCACUCCACUCCCUGCCCCUCCUCAAUCCGCACCCUGCCCCUCGUUUCUCGCCCCCCUACGCUUGGUUUCUCCCCUCCCUGCCCCUCGCCGCCUUUCUCCGCUCCCCACCUCCCCCCUCUCCCUGCCCCCCACUCUCCUCCACUUGCCCUUGGCUUCCCACCUCCCUGCCCCACCUUUCCCCCCUCCGUGUGCUCAGCUUCUCCCCUCCCUGCCUCUCCCUCCUCCCCGCCCUGCCCCUCAUUUUCCGCCCCCCCACGCCCGGUUUCUCCCCUCCCUGCACCUCCCUUUCUUUCUCCGUGCCUCUCCUUUGCUCCCUCCCUGCCCCCGCCUGCCCAUGCCCCUGUCUUUGGUUUCUCCCCUCCCUGCCCCACGUUUCUUCCCUCCCUGAGAUCACCUUGUACCCCCUCUGCCCCUCCCUUGUUCUCCCCGCACCCAUUGCUUCUCCCCUCCCUGCCCUUGAUUUCCCGCACCCCUGCCCUUGUUUCCUACCAUCCAUGCCCCUCGUUUCCCCUCUUUGUACGUUCACCCUCUUCCCUCCCUGCCCCUCCCUUCCUCCCCCCCUGCCCUUUGCUUUCCCCUCGUUACGCUCCCUUCUCCCCAUCCCUGCUGCCCUCUUACCACCAUCAGCCCUCACACCCCCUGCCCCCUCAUGCCAUCCGCUCCCCCCGCCCCUACCCUCCGCGUGCCCGCUCCCUCGCCGCCUCUUUUGACCCUCCCUGCCCCCCUCGCCGUUACCCACCGCUCGCCAUUCGCUCCUCCCCGCCCGUGCCCUCCCCUCGUUUACCUUCGCCUCCCCCCUCCCCUCCUCUGCUGCACGCCUCUUCCUUCCCCUCGCUAACCCACUCCACUCCCUGCCCCUCCUCAAUCCGCACCCUGCCCCUCGUUUCUCGCCCCCCUAUGCUUGGUUUCUCCCCCCCUGCCCUUUGCUUUCCCCUCGUUACGCUCCCUUCUCCCCAUCCCUGCUGCCCUCUUACCACCAUCAGCCCCCCCUGCCCGUUGCUGCCCCUCCCCUUGCCCCCUCAACUCCCCUGCCCCCCGUACACCCCACUCCCGUCCAACCGCCCCCACCCUCCCCCGGCUGCCCGUUUCCGCUCUCCACCCCCGCGACCGUGUGCGGCUUCCAACCGCCCAACGGUGUCACACCCCCUGCCCCCUCAUGCCAUCCGCUCCCCCCGCCCCUACCCUCCGCGUGCCCGCUCCCUCGCCGCCUCUUUUGACCCUCCCUGCCCCCCUCGCCGUUACCCACCGCUCGCCAUUCGCUCCUCCCCGCCCGUGCCCUCCCCUCGUUUACCUUCGCCUCCCCCCUCCCCUCCUCUGCUGCACGCCUCUUCCUUCCCCUCGCUAACCCACUCCACUCCCUGCCCCUCCUCAAUCCGCACCCUGCCCCUCGUUUCUCGCCCCCCUACGCUUGGUUUCUCCCCUCCCUGCCCCUCGCCGCCUUUCUCCGCUCCCCACCUCCCCCCUCUCCCUGCCCCCCCACUCUCCUCCACUUGCCCUUGGCUUCCCACCUCCCUGCCCCACCUUUCCCCCCUCCGUGUGCUCAGCUUCUCCCCUCCCUGCCUCUCCCUCCUCCCCGCCCUGCCCCUCAUUUUCCGCCCCCCCACGCCCGGUUUCUCCCCUCCCUGCACCUCCCUUUCUUUCUCCGUGCCUCUCCUUUGCUCCCUCCCUGCCCCCGCCUGCCCAUGCCCCUGUCUUUGGUUUCUCCCCUCCCUGCCCCACGUUUCUUCCCUCCCUGAGAUCACCUUGUACCCCCUCUGCCCCUCCCUUGUUCUCCCCGCACCCAUUGCUUCUCCCCUCCCUGCCCUUGAUUUCCCGCACCCCUGCCCUUGUUUCCUACCAUCCAUGCCCCUCGUUUCCCCUCUUUGUACGUUCACCCUCUUCCCUCCCUGCCCCUCCCUUCCUCCCCCCCUGCCCUUUGCUUUCCCCUCGUUACGCUCCCUUCUCCCCAUCCCUGCUGCCCUCUUACCACCAUCAGCCCGUCCCCACCACCAGCCCCCCUCCCACCCUUCUCCCCCCCCCCCCUCUCCCUCUCUCUCUCUCUCUCUCUCUCUUUCUCUCGCACACACACACACACACACACUCCCCUCCCCCACCCCCCACCCACAUCCUCCCGUUCUGCCCCUCCCUGCCCCUGUUCCACCCCCUCGCACGCCCCUCACCUCUCACCUCCGUUCAACUGGAUUCCCCCCCUCUGGUGCAUCCCUUGCAUCGCUCGCCCCUCUGCUCACCCUCUGCCCGCCCCUUUUCCUUGCCCUCAGCUGGCCCAGCCCCUGCCCGUUGCUGCCCCUCCCCUUGCCCCCUCAACUCCCCUGCCCCCCGUACACCCCACUCCCGUCCAACCGCCCCCACCCUCCCCCGGCUGCCCGUUUCCGCUCUCCACCCCCGCGACCGUGUGCGGCUUCCAACCGCCCAACGGUGUCACACCCCCUGCCCCCUCAUGCCAUCCGCUCCCCCCGCCCCUACCCUCCGCGUGCCCGCUCCCUCGCCGCCUCUUUUGACCCUCCCUGCCCCCCUCGCCGUUACCCACCGCUCGCCAUUCGCUCCUCCCCGCCCGUGCCCUCCCCUCGUUUACCUUCGCCUCCCCCCUCCCCUCCUCUGCUGCACGCCUCUUCCUUCCCCUCGCUAACCCACUCCACUCCCUGCCCCUCCUCAAUCCGCACCCUGCCCCUCGUUUCUCGCCCCCCUAUGCUUGGUUUCUCCCCCCCUGCCCUUUGCUUUCCCCUCGUUACGCUCCCUUCUCCCCAUCCCUGCUGCCCUCUUACCACCAUCAGCCCCCCCUGCCCGUUGCUGCCCCUCCCCUUGCCCCCUCAACUCCCCUGCCCCCCGUACACCCCACUCCCGUCCAACCGCCCCCACCCUCCCCCGGCUGCCCGUUUCCGCUCUCCACCCCCGCGACCGUGUGCGGCUUCCAACCGCCCAACGGUGUCACACCCCCUGCCCCCUCAUGCCAUCCGCUCCCCCCGCCCCUACCCUCCGCGUGCCCGCUCCCUCGCCGCCUCUUUUGACCCUCCCUGCCCCCCUCGCCGUUACCCACCGCUCGCCAUUCGCUCCUCCCCGCCCGUGCCCUCCCCUCGUUUACCUUCGCCUCCCCCCUCCCCUCCUCUGCUGCACGCCUCUUCCUUCCCCUCGCUAACCCACUCCACUCCCUGCCCCUCCUCAAUCCGCACCCUGCCCCUCGUUCUCGCCCCCCUAUGCUUGGUUUCUCCCCCCCCUGCCCUUUGCUUUCCCUCGUUACGCUCCCUUCUCCCCAUCCCUGCUGCCCUCUUACCACCAUCAGCCCGUCCCCACCACCAGCCCCCCUCCCACCCUUCUCCCCCCCCCCCCUAUCUCCUCUCUCUCUCUCUCUCUCUCUCUCUCUCUUUCUCUCGCACACACACACACACACACACUCCCCUCCCCCACCCCCCACCCACAUCCUCCCGUUCUGCCCCUCCCUGCCCCUGUUCCACCCCCUCGCACGCCCCUCACCUCUCACCUCCGUUCAACUGGAUUCCCCCCCUCUGCCCCUGCCCGUUGCUGCCCCUCCCCUUGCCCCCUCAACUCCCCUGCCCCCCGUACACCCCACUCCCGUCCAACCGCCCCCACCCUCCCCCGGCUGCCCGUUUCCGCUCUCCACCCCCGCGACCGUGUGCGGCUUCCAACCGCCCAACGGUGUCACACCCCCUGCCCCCUCAUGCCAUCCGCUCCCCCCGCCCCUACCCUCCGCGUGCCCGCUCCCUCGCCGCCUCUUUUGACCCUCCCUGCCCCCCUCGCCGUUACCCACCGCUCGCCAUUCGCUCCUCCCCGCCCGUGCCCUCCCCUCGUUUACCUUCGCCUCCCCCCUCCCCUCCUCUGCUGCACGCCUCUUCCUUCCCCUCGCUAACCCACUCCACUCCCUGCCCCUCCUCAAUCCGCACCCUGCCCCUCCCCCUGCCCGUUGCUGCCCCUCCCCUUGCCCCCUCAACUCCCCUGCCCCCCGUACACCCCACUCCCGUCCAACCGCCCCCACCCUCCCCCGGCUGCCCGUUUCCGCUCUCCACCCCCGCGACCGUGUGCGGCUUCCAACCGCCCAACGGUGGUGCGCACGGGGCGUUUCUUCGCGCGGGCAAGCCUCCCCGGGGCCCCCCACCCCGCUGA